UCUAUCUUUCGUUAAAGGAUGUGUGGGCUAGGUUUAAGUUUUUGGGUGUUUAGAUUAUAAUUCUAACUGUUUAACCAAUGAGAGUGAUGACUACUAAAUUACGGCCCAGCCCAAAAUUUGGCUCAGUUUUGGACUUCAAAUAUGGGCCAAGUCAGUUACUACCCUUAAGACACGGAUUUGAGCAAGCAUAAAACUAAAAGUAUAGUCUUAAAGCCAUAGGUUGUUGUACCGUGGGGCCUUUUUCUUGUAGAAAAUACCAUUGACACCUUUAAUUUAAAACUUAAAACCUAUCCUAUCUAAAGAAAGCAUAGAGAUGGUUUCAAAGUUUAAACAAGAAGAAAAUAAAGCAAUUGGUUAGAUAGUGUUGGAUGGAAUGAUUAUGGAUAAGACUGGAGUUACCAAACAUAGUUAGAGUUUACUUAUUUUGGUGGUUACUAAUCACUAAGCUGGUUGACUUAUUUAUCUUUUUGCAACAAACUAAGAGUAGACAACACAUGUUGAACAUUAUUUCAGAUUCGUGUUUAUGAACAUUUGGAUGGGUAACCACAUUUUCUCUUUCACAUUAACUAUCUUUAAUAGUAGAUGUUUUAAUUUUAAUAAUGUUUCAUUUAAAAACCGCACUUGGAUCGGACUAACGAUAUUUUCUUUUCUUUUCCACAUUAACCAUCUUUAAUAGUAUAGGUUUUUAUUUAAUUUAAUUUAAUGAUUUUCAUUUUAGUUUUAGUUUUCUCGCUCACCCCUAAUCUCACGUUUAAGUGUAUGAUUAAUAAAAAAUAUUUAUUGUUUAAUACGUUAUAUUUUAGUCAUAAUCGUUUGCGUUUAUAUCGUAGGAUCGGAAUGUGAAUCGGAACUUUUGUUGUUUAAAUUUUAUUUUGUUUAUAUAAUUAAUUCUUUUAUUUCGCUUUUAUAGGAUGAGUGAAGAGUGUGGCCACUCUGGAGACAAAGCCCCACCAACUUCUAUCAUUCUCUCUGUUGGUUCGUUCAUCAAUCGCUUCCUUAAUCUGAUAAACUACAUCAUUGUGUCCUCUCUCUCUCUCUCUCUUGAUCUCUACUCAAACAUGGCAACCCAGUUUUCAUGAGCAUAAUUUGAUUUCUCAAAGCUCCCAAGAUUCAAAAGUUUAUCACUGUUCAGUUGCAGUCAUCACUGAUCAGUCUCGUAGUAGCAGGAGCAAACCGGAAGCUAUGGCUUCUAAGAUUAACAGAACUGGUGCAUCUGAAACCACUCUGAGCAAAUCAUCUCCAGGAUCUCUGAGAGUGCCUAAACUGACUCGGAUCACGACUAGAUCUGAACCUAACACUCCUUCACCCACUCAACACUCACGUCUCUCCCUUGACCGCUCUUCCGCUAACUCAAAGCCUUCUUCUGAAAAGAGGUCUCCCAAACUUCCAACUCCACCAGAAAAAACUCAAACACGGUCUGUGAAAGGAUCAGAAUCUCAGCCUCGGUUACUCCAGAUGAAGGAAGAUCUGAGGAAAGCAAACGAGGUGAUAGCAUCACUUGAAAACGAAAAAGCUAAAACACUUGAAGAACUCAAACAACUGCGUAAAGACGCUGAAGAGGCCUCAAAGAAGCUUGACGAGGCCUUAAAAGCUCAUGAAAAGGCCGAGGAGGAUUUCGAAAUUUCGAAAUUCCAAGCUGUUGAGGCAAGGAUAGAGGCAGUUCAGAGAAAAGAAGAAGAAAUGAAGAAAGAAAUCGAGAACGUCAAGAACCAACACGCUUCUGAAGCUUCAUCAGCUCUUCUUUCCGCCACCCGGGAGCUGGAGAGAGUCAGUCAAGAGCUGGCGGCAGCUAACGACGCCAAGAGCAAGGUUCAGAGUGAAGCAGAUGAUGCCACCAAGAUGGCUGCUAUAUACGCGGAGAAAGUGGAGAUCUUAUCAUCUGAGCUGAUACGGUUAAAGGCUUUGCUUGAUUCGACAAGAGAGAAGGAAACAAUCUCCAACAAGGAGAUCGCUUCGAAGCUAGGAGCGGAGAUAGUGGUCUUGAAAAGAGAGCUUGAGAACGCGAGAGGAUUCGAAGAAAAGGUCAAUGAGCUAGAGAGUGUCAUCGAGAGGCUUAAGGAAGAGUUACAAUCUGUAAAGUUGGCGGAGACUUACGCACAGAGCUCAGGUGAAGAGUGGCGUAACAAAGCAGAAGAGUUGGAGGAACAGUUAGAGGAAGCUGAGGAGGUUAAGAGAUCUGCAUUGGUUUCUUUGGUAUCUAUGACGAAGCAGCUGGAAGAAAGCAAUGGUAGAUUGCAGGAUAUGGAGUCUGAAGUUACUGAUCUCAAGGAGAAGAUCAGGUUACUGGAGUCGGUGGUUGCUAGGAAGAAGGAGGAUCUUGAGGUAUCUGAAGAGAGGCUAAGUGUUGCAGAAGAAGAAUUAUCAAAGGCCGAGAAACUAAAGAAUGAGCUUGAAACUGUGAAGGAGGAGAAGAAUCAGGCGUUAAAGAAAGAGCGAGACGCUGCUUCAAGCGUUCAGAUUCUGUUAGAAGAGAAAAGCAAGCUGUUAUCAGAGGUGGAGAGAUCGAGAGAGGAAGAGGAGAAGAGCAAGAAAGCUAUGGAGAGUUUAGCUUCAGCGUUGCACGAGGUGUCGUGCGAAGCACGUGAGUUGAGAGAUCUGAAGCUUGUCAUGAAAGCAACGAGCGAUAAGUACGAGGAGAUGCUUGAGGAGGCGAGGCAAGAGAUCGAUGUUCUUGUCAACGCGGUGGAGAAGACCAAGAAGGAGUUCGAGAGCUCGGUGGUGGACUGGGAGACGAGGGAAGCGGGGUUGGUUAGCCACGUGAAGAAGUUUGACGAGGAGGUUUCUUCGAUGGGGAAAGAGAUGGUUAGGUUGGGGAACCUGGUGAAGAGGACUAAAGAGGAAGCUGACGCGGCGUGGAAGAAAGAGUCAGAGAUGAGAGAUGGGUUGAAAGAGGUGGAAGACGAGGUGGUUUAUCUUCAGGAGACUCUAAGGGAAGAGAGAGCUGAGAGGUUGAAACUGAAUGAGAAGAUGUUGGAUAAAGAAACUGAGUUUCAGAGCGUUGUUCGUGAGAAUGAUUUGUUGAGAGUGAAGCAGGAGGGUUCUUUGAAGAGGAUUGAUGAGUUAGAGGAAGCAUUGGCUAAGAAACAUAGAGGUGAGGUCAGUGAGAGCGAGAAGGAGUAUGAUUUGCUUCCGAAUGUGGUUGAGUUCUCUGAGGAGAAUGGUCAUAGAAGUGGUGCAGAAGAGAAGAAAGAUGAUAGUAGAGUUGAAGUUGAGUUUAAAAUGUGGGAAAGUUGUGAGAUUGAGAAGAAAGAAGCUUUCCAUAAAGGGAAAGAGGAUCCAAAAGAAGAAGUGGAAGACGAAAGAGAGAAAACCUCACCGGAAAACAUGAAAGAAAGCAGAGAAGAGCAGGUGGUGAAUGAGGAGAAGGAGAAGAAGGUUAAGAAGAAGACUCUGUUUGGUAAAGUUGGGAACCUUCUCAAGAAGAAAGGAGCACCUGUGAAUCAGAGAUGAAUGAAAACAUCUCUUUGAUUUUUUACUACAGUUUUUUUUUUUUGGGUGGUAUUGCUGAAUCUAGCUCUUAUUACAUAAUGCAGAUACACACAUAUCCUUUGUCAUUUUGACUUCUUUCUAUGUGUUGUUAUAUUUUCUUGUUUUGGGUUUAUGGCUUUCUGAAAUAGGUUUUGUAUUCAGUUGUUGUUUGGUUAUGAUUCUUUUCUUCUUUACGAUUUGUUUUUUGACCUAUUGUGUUCUUUGUUCUUGUGUCAUCAACAAACUCCGAACAAGAUCUCUGUUUAUGUAAAAGGUUUUUAUGAUUA